AUGGCUCCAGCCAAGGAGGUAGCAGACUUCCAUACCGUCCGUUACAACAUCACACCCACCACCACGAAAACUGAGUUCGUCGGAUUUGGCCCCGAAGUCGACAAGGCAUGGAACCAUGUCACUUAUGAUGUUGGAGACCAGAUGAUAACGCGCGAUGAGCUUGACAAUCUCGGUCUUGAUCCUUCCUCACUCACCAUCAAGGAUCCCAAGACAGGUCAAAAAGGUUAUCGUGUUGGGAUACAAGUGUUCCACCAGCUCCAUUGCCUCAACCUACUAAGGCAAGCGACCUACAGCGAUUACUAUUCACACACUGGAGGAGAUAUUGAUGUUGAGCCGAUGGAUUUGAGAGGGCAUCUGGAUCACUGCAUUGAGUUCUUGAGAACGAAUCUGAUGUGCCAAAGCGAUACUGGCGUUUUCGCUUUCAAGUACUACGAUGGUUUCGAGGGACACUGGCCGGACUUUAGCACUCUACAUACAUGUCGUAACUUUAGUGCUAUACGGGACUGGGCUUUUGAACACGCAGUUGUCUUUGGCGACGAAGAGUAA